AUGACUUGCUCGAUUUUCUUUCCUUUGCUUAUCCUAUUCAUGGUCAUGCCUACUCCAGGAGAACAGGCAUCCAUCAAUACCUCCCCACUAAAACUAGCAGUUCAACCCAAGUGCGGCGCAUCGUCUUCGUCUCACUUUAAUAAUUUCAAUUCUGGAAUUGAUCUCACAAAAAUCAAAACGAUCUAUGCAUUUGGCGAUAGUUACAUGAGUAAUGGACAAAGCACCGGGACAACCGCGCCACCACCCGUGCAAGGAAACCCCAACGACCCACACUUUGGUGGACGGGCUUCGAAUGGUCUGGUAUGGGUCGAGCAAUUUAGCAAUGCAAUCGGCGCUGUCCUCAAGGAUUAUGCAAUGGGCGGGUCAACUGUCUCUCGAGCGCUCUCCCCUAGCACUGGAAGUCUCCAAGGAACGGACAUGAUCCAACACGUCCAAACUUUCUUAAACCAGCACAACAAAAUUGAUGCGUCUUCCUCCAUGACGAUGAUCUCCUAUGGAAUCAAUGAUUAUGCCUCAACCGCUCGACAAGGUACUCAAAACCUUCCCAAGGCAGCCCAGGAACUUGUUCGUCAAACUGAACUACUCGUCCAAGCUGGUAUUCGGAACGUGGUGAUUAUUUCACCUCCCACGUCAGCUGCCCCGUUGAACAACUUCAACGAUAUCGUCUGGAACGGUCUGAAAGGAUUGCAAACGAAAAAUCCCGAACUAAAAUAUGCUUACGUAGAUUUCGUCACGCUUUACUCUGCUAUCAUUUCUAAUCCAAGCUCUUUUGGGUACCAAGCCGUUGACUCGUGUCUUCCGACUGACAAAAGUAUGGCCGGCGCUUGUCCAAACCCAGACGUACACCUCUAUUACCUCCCACGUCAUCCCCAAAAACUCACUCACGGACUUAUGGCAGAAUGGGUUGAGGACGUGUUGUCAAAUUGUAAAUGA